AUGUGGGACGAUGUGAUAGAGAAGGUAAAAAAUAUCAUAUAUAGGCAUGAAGAGAAAGAGCUCACGGAGGGUUCUGAAUUUUAUGAUGUAGUCUAUGCAAUACUAACAGAUAGAUGGACUAAAAGCUCUUCACCGCUUCAUUGCUUGGCUCAUUCACUAAAUCCGAGGUAUUAUAGUGACACAUGGCUUAGUGCCGCUCCGAAUCGUAUUCCUCCUCAUCUUGAUAUUAAGCUAUCGGAAGAAAGAAAUAAGUUCCUCAAACGAUACUUUCCAUCAAGUGAAGCAAGAACAGCGGUAAAUAUUGAAUUUGCUCGCUUUUCGGGGCAAAUGGAUAUUUUUGGUUGUCCCGAUUCCGUGGAAGAAAGAGGCAUUAUGGAACCACGAAUGUGGUGGAUUGUUCGUGGAGCUUCAGCAACAAAUCUCCAAAAAAUAGCUUUGAAACUAUUAAGCCAACCUUGUUCUUCUUCUUGUUGUGAGCGAAAUUGGAGCACAUAUUCCUUUAUUCACUCAAUUCGAAGGAAUAAGAUACUACCAAAACGAGCGGAAGAUUUAGUUUUUGUGCACAACAAUCUUAGGCUUCUUUCAAGAACGAAUGAACAUUACAAAUAA